CGAUGCACGCUCGCUGAGCAUUCACCACGUCAAGGAGAAUUUAAAGCUAGACGUAAUUGUACAAGAAUAUGAAGAACGUUAUAUAGAUUAGAAAUUAUAUGAACCAGAAAAUGAGAAUAUAAAAUGAAGGCAUAUAAUAUGGACCAAGAAGUCAGCAUUCUCUGCAAUAAUAUUCAGAAGACUUCAACCAGGAAAUGGAAAUAUAAAAUGAAGGUACAAAAAACUUUCUUCAUCCCUAAAAUUAGAUUUCUACUAAAAUUAGAUUCCACUCUCAGAAACCGCUCAAACAGGUGUUCCUUCUCCCCUCAGGUAACAUUCGUGCGCACGUCCACCGAAACGAAUCCUCGUCACCGAUCAGUUAUGCAAACACGGUGUGACUCUAGCCAGGCCAAGACGAAAAACGAGAAAAACGACAGGACGCGAACGCAAAUCGCGACUUUCUCUCGCGUACAAUGCGCCUAUAUUAUAUUCAUUCGGUUUUCCACGAAAGGGAGACCAAAUCCGGGGUUCAUCGAACUCUCGGAUGGAACGUCGGAUUCACAGAACUCGUCCUGCUUCUCCCCGGAUCGCGCCGCUCCUCCGAAGGGGCUCUUCCGGUCCCUCUUCGGCGAAGAGAUCCUCGCCGUGAAUUCCACGGUCCCCAAAACUCUCUCACCUCUCGCGCGACACUACUCGAGGCUCGCAAGGGAUCUAGUUAUCGGUCUUGUUCGCGUCUAACUGAAUUCGAGAUCCGUAACAGUGUUACUUAUAUAGCAACCAGCUCGCACCGGCUGAGGUUACAGCCGAUCGUUUCUUGGUCAUUGCCUAGCUCCGUGGUCCUUCCGUCGCCUGCCGAGGCCACCUCUCCUUAGAACGUCUCAAGGGUGAAGAAUCCCUUGGUCUUCGUCACCGUGGCCUUCCAUUCUUCCCGGCCUUUUUAUGUAUGGUUCAACUGGAGUAUGGUCUCCAGUUGGACCACUCGCGAUUGCCUUCUAGAAUUCUCUUUUGACGCUUUAUUCGACCCAGGAUUUAAUUUCGACUUAAAUUGACCAGCCAAGUUUCACGAAAACUGAUAUUGUAAUUUUAAUUUGAUUAAUAUUGCGAUUUUGUAAUUUUAAUAUGGAUCCUUGUGGGAAGCCUCAUGGAAUUUGUUCGAUUUAAAUCGAAACGCAAUUUAGGAACUCGCUGAGAAUUUUAUAUGUUAUAAAGACAGAAAUUGUAAAUCGUAUAAAACGAAAAUAAGAAUUAUUGACCGAGACAUACUUCAUUAAGACGUAUAUAGAUCGAGUACGCGCCAUUAGGGAUUCGAAAUAACGCAAGGAACCACUAAAUCACUCCGUUUCGUCCGUAUUCCGAAACCCCGUUUCACUUUUCACGUUCAGGAUGAUCGUGCGCCAUGAAUUCGUUAAAAGUCCCUCUCGGAGGGGCCCGGACGUGAAAUUUUCGAAGGUGUAAAGUUGGUACGUGCCUGGGAAAAGGCAUUACGUCGGUAUUGCGUUGCGAUCUGAAUUUCAUUCGAUUUUAUUGCGUCGCAA